AAAUAUGCAUUUCAAAUCCAAACAGUGAUAAUCCCUCUUUUUAGAGACAUCCUUUCAAAUCGAAGUUUAACAACUUGGAGAAACUGAUGAAGAGCUCUUGCUAAUCCCUUCUGACUUGCAUAGUUGUGAGAACGAAAUGAAGUGUCACAGAAAUGAGAACAGAACUGGAAGGAACUUGCACCAUUUCUGAUGCAAGAGCUGCAGUGUGCCAAUCUGUGGUGACUUUGAUAAAAAGCUCCUUCACUGCAACCUAUUAUAAUUCUCUUAAUGUACUGGAAUUUGUUGUCCACAUAACUCUGAAAUGCAAGAUCAAGCACAAAAAAAUAUGUACCAGGAAGAUUUCAGGAAUAUGACUGAAGGGACCAGGAAUAGCAGCGACUCCUCUUCGGCUUUCAUUCACACCAGCACCAUGAGUGCCAUACUGGUCACUGUCUACUCAGUUGCCUUUGCCGGAGGUGGAAUUGGGUCCAUCACAAUGUCCUUUGUGCUGCUCAAGAUGAGCACUCUGUCUGUGACCACGACUGCCAUCAUUAACCUGGUCAUUGUGCACAGCCUCCUCCUCUUCACAGUCCCCUUCCGCCUCCACUAUUAUGUCAAAAAGAAGUGGGUAUUUGAUAUGCCAUUUUGCAAAAUGGUGAGUGCCAUGGUGCACAUCCACAUGUACCUUACCUUUGUAUUUUAUGUGAUCACGCUAGUGAUCCGGUGGCUCAUCUUCUUUCAGUGGAAGGACAAGGUGGAGUUUUACAGGAAGCUGCAUGCCAUUGCAGCAAGCGCUGCCGUGUGGGUCUUCGUCAUGGUCUUUGGGGUGCCGCUCUUCUACUUUGAGUAUGGACGCUCAGGCUUAUACAAUAAUACAACAUGCUUCAAGUUCCACAAAGAACUACAGCACAAGAGUGUGAAAGCCCUGAAUUACACCUUAAUUGUAGGUGUUGCCCUCAUUUCUUGUGUCCUCUUGGGCUUGCAGAUUCUUAUCCUGGUAAAAGUGGCGAGAAGAUUUUCCACCUCCCUCUGUUCACACCAAGAAUUCUGGGCCCAGGUAAAAAAUUUGAUUUUCAUCUGGAUCAUCAUAAUUUGGUUCCUUCCCUAUCACCUUUUCAGGGCCUACUACAUACAGCAUGUGAGUGAUUUUGACCAGUUAGAAAGCUACAAUGAGGUUUUUUUGAGCCUGACUGCUCUGAGCUGUCUGGACCUGCUGUCAUUCAUGCUGAGUGGAAGCCGCUUCUUCAAGCAAAAUGUGGGGAUGCUCCACAGGAGGUUGCCUUGCUGCUAGCAUCAGCCUCCUGCAGAGUGGGAAGGACCUAGGAUAGGACAGUGAUGGACAGGCAUGGCCAACUCCCUCCUCAGCAAGUGAGGGUGUGCUCUGGAAACACACAUAAGGCUUUGCAUGUCAGCUUCCUGAAUUAAUGGAACAAACUGCCUCCAGGCUCUCAGCUGGUAAACAGGAAGGUGACCUCAGCAAUUUCCUCAUGGUGCUAUCCAGUGAGUUGUGGAUGGACGCGGAGAAGAGGGAAAGAAGGUCAUGGGCACUUCUGAAUUGCUGUUUUUACAUCGAGAUUUGUGAAGUCAAAGGCACUAGGAGGAGACUUGAGAAUUGCAAUGUAAGAAUACAAAUAAAUAAACUGGUUUUUAUGGACUAAGGUACAGAUUUUUGAAACUUAAAGAUCUAUAUAAUUUUCCCAUAUAUUUCUUAUUUAUUUCCCACAAGCUCUCAUAAAAUAGCAGAGAAGAUAUUGUUCUUCCUGAGUAGGGCUGUUUCUCUACUGUUAAGAGAAGCAUAACUUUCUAAGU